UAAGUAAAUGCAGCUACCCCGCAGUACAGAAUCUCAAGCAGUUCCGUUCAAUGUUAGCUUCAGUCUUUUUCCGGAGCUCGCGAUCGUCGGACGUUCAAAGAAGAUCGAAUCGGUUCUGCCCACCGCAAUGGCGGGUAUCUUUCGAGCAAAGUUUGUGGUCCUUGUGCUGUUGAUAGUACAAAAUGUAGGCGCCGACAGUGCGGAACAAAACUUGGUAAUGGGCGAAGGUUCUUUCGAAAACUUGAACGAUUUCGAAAAACAGUCCAACGUGGACUCUAUCAACGAUGAUUUUCUCAGUGAAACGAAAGGUCGUUACAAAGCGAAGAACAUUCUUAACCAGUACGAUUUUGUGAUAGUUGGCUCGAGUCCUGCGGGGUGUGUUCUGGCGAACAGACUGUCCGAGAAUCCCGAGUGGAAAGUGCUACUGUUGGAGGCUGGAGAGCGGGAAAAUUUGUUCGUGAAGAUUCCGGUGUUUGCGGCAUAUUUCCAGUCCACCAGCUAUACGUGGAACUACCUGGCUGAGCGACAAAACUAUUCUUGUCGGGGAAUGGAAGACCAACGGUGCGGAAUGCCCCGUGGCAAGGGCCUAGGAGGAUCAACGCUCAUCAACUACAUGAUGUACGUUCGCGGAAAUCGUGACGACUUCGAUCGCUGGGCCACUGAGGGAAAUCCGGGCUGGUCAUUUGACGAUGUUUUGCCUUACUUUAAGAAAUCGGAGCGAUCCUUGCUGGGCACCGGAAACGGAUACCACGGUACGAGCGGACCAUUAGAUGUGAGUUACGUGCCUUUCAAGUCGGAGAUGGCUCGAGGUUUCGUGACAGCACUGCAGGAACUGGGGAUGCCUUUGGUGGAUUACGACGGAGAAAAUCAACUCGGAGUUUCGUUUUUGCAUGCAAACCUGAGGAACGGUCAACGCUUGUCUGCGAGUACAGCUUUUCUCGAGCCGGUCGAACAACGCCCGAAUCUGCACAUCUUGACUGGUUCAAGAGUCACUAAAGUUCUGAUUGAUCCUAGAACAAAGGCGGCUUACGGGGUCGAGUUUAUACGCAAACGAUCGCGAUACGCAGUGAUAGCGAAAAAAGAAGUUAUAUUGUCUGCAGGAGGUCUUCAAACACCACAACUGCUGAUGCUCUCCGGAGUUGGACCAAAGGAUCAGUUGCUCAAAGUUGGAAUACCGGUGAUCCAAGAUUUGCCCGUGGGAAAAGUUUUGUACGACCAUAUUUACUUUACCGGAUUGACAUUCCGAACAAACACUAAACAUCUUACACUGAACGUGGACCGGCUUCUUACGUUGAGUGCAAUCAGUCAAUAUUUACAAGGAAACGGAACAUUGACUAUACCUGGUGGAGUAGAAGUACUUGGUUUCAUCAAUACUCUCAACACAAGUCGCGACGCGGUUCCGGACAUUGAACUUAUCUUCGUUAACGGAUCGCCUGGCUCGGAUCACGGCAGUGGCAUUCGCAGAGGACUUCGCCUAAGCGACGAAACUUACGAGCGCUACCGACCGCUGGAAUCAGGCGACAUCGACACUUUCACUGUCAACCUGGUACUGCUACAUCCCAAAUCCAAAGGAUACAUGGAACUCAAAAGUGACAACCCCUUCCAGUGGCCUAAGUUUUAUACCAACUUUCUCAAGGAAGAGGAAGACUUGGAAACACUGGUGCGUGGCAUCAAACGUGUGAUCAACAUUGUGGACACCCCCGCGAUGAAGCGUUACGGCGCGCGUCUUCACAACAUUCCAAUGCGGGCGUGUGCUCUCCUAGGGCACGGCACCGACGACUAUUGGAGGUGUGCACUGCGCACUCAAGCUACCUCGAUGUACCACCAAACUGCCACCUGCAAAAUGGGCCCUGCAUCGGACACGGAAGCAGUCGUCUCUCCCCAGCUGAGGGUGUACGGAAUCUCGAAUCUGCGAGUGGCCGACGUCAGUAUUGUUCCGGUAACGCUUAGCGGUCACCCGGCGGCGCUGGCGUACAUGAUUGGCGAAAAACUGGCCGAUAUGAUAAAGGAGGAGUGGACGAAGUCAAGAUGAGACAGAAUGUAUAUAAGAGAGUAGUAAAACUAGCAGUUUUUUGUGUUUUAUAAUACGGUUACCUUUUAGUGCCCUCAGUGAGAUGUUCAUCUAACUGUGCAUUACCUGUAAAUAGACGAGAGAUAAAAGAGAUGAGCACAAAUUUCUGCAAGGCUGAAUGUUAUUUUAACAUGAAAAAAGUAAACUUUUGUUAGAAAACGAAACAAUAAUCUUAUGUCCUCCACAGUAAACAUUGUUAUUGCUUAUACUUGUUAUUUAUAUUUUAUUAAUAAAUAUCAUUAA